AUGCCCCCAGGCACCCAGACAACGAGAUCCAAAGAUAAAUCCGAUAAAGCCGAUAAAACCGAUAAGCCCAUAACCAGUGCGAUUAAAGACCUCAAGACAUCAGUUGCUGCUGUGCUUCAACACCUGGAAACUCUGGACACCACUGAAAACUUGCUGAGGAAGGUCAAAGAGCUCACUGAUCAAUUAGCAGAAGCCAAUAAGAAGGUCGAAGAAGUCCAGGAAGAGCAAAAACAAGAGAAGGCAGCAAGGCAGGCGAUGAUGAAGGACUUCGAGGAACGAGUUUUGGACUGGAAUAAAGAGGAGAAUGCUCUGAAACGCCAGAUUGAACAACUGCAAAGAAAAUGUGAUGAAAAUUCUCGAAGCAGAGCCGAAGAACGCGAUGAGAAGUUGAAUGAGUACAAGAGGAAGCUCCGCGCAAUGGAUAAAGAUCUUCAGCGGGAGAAGAACAAAACUGUCGGUUUAGAAUCGCAGCUCCGAGACAGCAACGAGGCAUUAGAAGAUCUUCGUGGAGAUUUUCCAAUCGUGCCUCUUAAACCAGAUUUCUUUAUGAAGUUCGAAGAUCUCGAAGCCUCGCUCUAUGCCCUGACCGAACGGUUUUUCAAAGGGCCUUUGCAAUCCUUUGAUCAGGGACUGCGCCACUUUUCCCACUUUUUCCAACCGAUGCUACUCUCUUACGCCAACGAUCAUACCGUUCCAUGUGCGCGCAUGGCCCAAUCAUUCAUUGCAGAUCGACUUGCAAAGGAUAUUUUCAAGCCUAUGUGUAUUGCAUCACCAAUAGGUCCCAUGGACAUGGGCGACGCACUCCAGAGGACUGGGAGUGAACCUCGCCAGAAGGCAAUUCUUCGCUCCCUUCUCUUCAAAGCCUUCCACGCAGAAGAGGAACGACAACAAAAGGAAAAAAUAAAAUCGGUUACGUCUGAUCUCGUCCUAGGCCUAAAAGAAAUGUUGAGUCCCGAUGGUAAUAAUGCGUUCAAAGAAGAGUUGACUUCCUACCUUGAAUCAGCUGCCGACAUAUGGACCCAGGUAAAGAAGGGAUCAGAUUGGGUUACGGCGUCUUCCAAUUGGCAUAUCCACCCCCAGGCGUGGAAAAUAAUUAGAGGGGAAUCGAAUAAAGCCGUCGCAGUACAGGAACCAGUCAAUCCAGAGAUGGUAAUAUUUCCACAAAUAUAUAUUGAUGGAAAUGAUUCAAAGUACUAUUCGGGAUCCUUGUGGGCUUCUGAUUCGGGGCCGGUUGAAGAGAAGCGGAAUGCGCAAUCUCCCCAUGCUCGUCGAGCAUCAGCCUCUCGGAGCUCCAAAAGCUCACCUGUAGCGGAAGCCAGCUCUGAGCCAGGGGUCACAGCAUCUCGAAGUCUUGCAUCGAGGGAUAGGGUCUCCGAAAUGGGCCGGAAAGUAUUCUCCGAUUCUGAGGGCCAACGAAGGUGUAAAUCUACUUGUUGA